AAUGGCAUUUGGAGCUCGACGAUGGCUAGCUGUUUUACAACGCCAAUGCGAGAGGCUUGCAAGUCUUAUGGCCCGAAAUAUAUCUGACAUUGGAGCAAUACCAACACUAGAAGCAAGAACAAAUUUGAUGAAUGUGGCUCAUAGGAUGGUACGGAUGUUUUGCCUUCACAUAACUGGCUCAUGUGGGCAAUCAUGGACAGCCCUUUCUGAUUCAGUUGAGGAGACAGUUCGAAUAACGACUAGAAAAGUCACUGAACCAGGCCAGCCCAAUGCCUGUUGGUGUGGUUGGUGCAGUAAUGCUUUUGCGUUCUAUCCAGAAGCUAGGGCUGUGAUAUCGGCACUUAGGUAUCAUGAACAAUAUCCACGGCUUCCAGCUGAUUUUGAGGUAUUUCAUUUAGAUGUGGCACGACACAAGAGAGGCUACAGAUGAUUGUAAUUUGACGGGUUUAUUUCCGAAGUUUUUUAGAGAGUUAGGUAUUUCGUUAGAUUAGCUUAUGUAGUUUUUUAUACAAUUUAACGUACUUUGUUAUGAAUUCAACAAAUGAUUGUAAUUUGACGGGUUUAUUUCCGAAUUGGAUGUCUACAGGUUUAUUUCGGAAUUGAAUGUGUAUUGUUUUGGUUUGAUUUGAAAAU